AUGAGUGCAGAUUCGCAACAUAGAGGGGAUGGACGUCGCCCUCGUUCCAGAGACUCUGACCGUAGGUCUGUUCGUUCUGGCAGAGGCAUUCGGGAACCUAGGGAAGACUAUGAUGACGCGGUGAGGGGCUCUCCUCGGCGUGAUCGUGGUAGGCAGGAUGUUCGUGAUCGCGAUGAACGCCCCGUGGUGCCGCGAGAUGAAUCGCCUUUGGGCGAUGAGGAACGCAUUGCUAAUUCUCGCGGUCGUUCAGCGUCGAUUCCUCCGAAGUUUGUCAUCUACAAGAGUGUUUAUUGCGAGUGUUAUCUUACUUACGCUUUCAUAUCUAGGCGGGAAUCUCCUUCGUACGAUGAAGCACCCUCGGAUCCUUACAUGGAUGAGCCGAAAGAAGAUGACUCUGAAGCUCGGUCUGUUUUCGUUUCUCAACUCGCCGCUCGUAUGACAGCUCGCGAUUUGGGUUAUUUCUUUGAAGAUAAACUUGGGGACAACAGUGUUCUGGAUGUGCGCAUUGUCACUGAUCGUAUAUCGCGGCGGUCAAAAGGAAUCGCUUAUGUGGAAUUCGGUUCCAUCGAACUCGUCGAUAAAGCAAUUAGUUUAACAGGAACAAUAGUUAUGGGUCUUCCUAUUAUGAUUCAGCAUACUGAAGCGGAAAGAAAUAAGACACAUGCAGGUGACGGGAGUAUCAAUCUUCCUCCCGGGGCUAGUGGACGUGGAGCGACGCUUUAUGUUGGCUCGCUGCAUUUUAAUCUGACGGAAUCAGAUAUAAAGCAGGUGUUUGAGCCUUUCGGUGAAUUAGACUUCGUCGAUCUCCACAAGGAUUCCGCAACGGGUCGCAGCAAGGGUUAUGCUUUUAUUCACUAUAAGCGUGCGGAAGACGCGAAGAUGGCCUUAGAGCAGAUGGAAGGCUUUGAACUUGCCGGACGCACUCUCCGAGUCAAUACUGUACACGAAAAGGGACAGACAAGGAUUUCGACACAAGACUCCCUAGACGAGAGCGGCGGUGGUAACUUGAACGCAGCCUCCCGACAAGCACUAAUGCAAAAACUUGCUAGGAUUGAUUCUGCUCCCGUAACACAGCAACCCAUUAUGAAGCCAACUGUAGCGCAACCGAUGACAUCGAAGUCAGUCCUUAUGAGGAAUAUGUUUGAUCCGGAAGAGGAGACCGAGCCUGCCUGGGACAAAGACUUGGCCGAAGAUGUCAAAACGGAAUGUCAGGCUAAAUAUGGCCGAGUACAACAUAUCAAAGUCGAGAAAGAUUCCGAAGGCGAAAUUUACGUUCAAUUUGACACCGUUGACGCAGCUAAGGCAGCAAUCAAUGGUUUGAAUGGCCGUUGGUUCGGCGGCAAACAGAUCAGCGCUACUUUCAUUUCAGAUGCUAUUAUGCAGGCGCACCGGUGA